UUAGAACUAUGAGUGUAAGUCUGCUUGGACCAUAACAUUAUGAAUAUAUUGCCUUCUUUGAUAUAUAAACUUCCUAGAAUGCAGAGAUCUGAUCACAGGAGACACAGACGGUUGACGUCAAGAAGCUCAUCAGGUCAAAGGUUACCAUUAGUUGUUCAAACACAAAGAGCAAGAAGAAGAAAUAAUCCUCUGAGGGAAAGAAAUCAGGAAGUUGUUGAUGUUGAAGCACAUUCUGAGUGUAUAGAUCUGACCAGUGAACAAAACAAUGAUGAUUUUAUUGAUUUGACAAGUCCUAUACAGAUAAGAGCUCCAGUAGCAGUGAAUGACUCACCUGUCAUUAUUGUAACAGGUAGAGAUAUGGUCACUCCACCAAGAGGAAGAACCAGACCACUAAGAUCACCUGAUAUAGAAAACGAGAUAGAACAUUUAGAUUUAGAUAUAGAAAUUUCUGAUAGACCAAGUUCUUCAGGGCUAGGUUCACCAAAUGGAGGAACAGUAAACUCUCCUGGCAUAAGAAGGAUCACAUGUCCAAUUUGCAUGGAUGAUUACAAAGAGCUGCAACAAAAUAAAGUACCGUUGAUGUCAACAGUGUGUGGACAUUUAUUUUGUAAACCAUGUAUACAGAUAUCAGUGAGAACUCAUCGUCAGUGUCCAACUUGUCGAAGAAGAUUGACAGAAAAACAAAUUCAUCCAAUUUUCUUGUAAUAUUUAACUUGUAUGACCUGAAGGUCUAAUGUCAGCUUCACUUGGAGUCUGUUGUCUGUCAUCAUUUGUAGACAGAUUCAAAUAUUUUUUGCUGGUCCAUAUGGUACCUGUUAUUUCUUUCUCUGAUAAACUAACUGAAUUAGCAUGAUGAAUAGCUGUGAGGUGAUCGUUCAGGCUCUUUAUAAAAUAUUGUACAAAACUAUGAAAAAUAUGAUGUAUUUUUGUUCCCUUACUGAUUAAUCAUUUCUAGGUGUGCGUUAAUUUGUUACUAAAAGUACAGAACAUUCAGCCUUACAUGUCAAAUCAAUUUAGAUGGGGACUAUAAAAAAAAAUUCUUCAGUCCUCAUAAUUCAUGAAUUCACAAAGCAUAGUGCUAAAAUUAAAAUAGACCCACCAUUCAUGGAAGUAGUUGUGUGAAUGCCUUAAGUUAUCAAAAAUGAAUAUUUCUAAAGGGACUUAAGCCAAUGCCUCAAUACUAUGGGUAAUAUGUAUUACUAUGGAUUCAUUAAUUUUCAUGGGUAUCAAUUUUCAUGGAUUGCUGAAAACUUGCAUAUUCGUGGCUAUUUGAUUUCAUGGUUAUGCCAAGCUCUGUAUACAAAGCCUAUUGAAAAUAUGAUAUUCGUUGAACUUUGAAUUCAUGAUUCAUCUGUAACCAGGAAAUCACGAAAAUUGAUAUCUAACGAAUAUUAAUGAAUCCAAAGUACAUUGAUGUGUCAUUUCCAUGCAACUUUCAUCUGUGAAAACUCACUCGUGGUUGAGUAUUUUAUAACAAAUGGUUGUAAUCAUGAGUAAUUGACAUUGAAAUAGAUUCUAUAUUAAGUGCUGAAAAUAGAUUUAAUUGUGCAAUAUAUAAAGCUAAACCCAUUUGCAAUGAUUAAUUUUUGGAACUUUAAAAUAUAUGCAAAGUUAUGUUUUAAAGAUUUAAUCUUGCGAAAUAAAUCCAUACAAAAAUUUCCACUUCUACGUACAGUAUGUUAGGGGAUUAUUUCAAAUACCUUCUAUUACCAGGAAUAUUUCUGAUUCACAGUUAUUUCAUCACAAGCUAAAGUGACUUUUCACUAAAUUGAACAGUGUGUAUACUAUUGGAAAGGAGUAGGUCCGGUAAGGGCUGAAUUUGUCCUCAAAUUUCAGGUUCAUCUGAUGAAAGAUUUUGGACACUUUUUGAAUGCUUUAGUGUUUACCUCAGUUUAUUCAAUUUGUUGAUGGGAAAGAUUUGAACUGCUUUAGUCUGACUGUCAACUGUCAUUUCAGACACUAAAAUUCUAGCUUAAAUAUGAAAAAUCUACCAAAUAAGCCAAAAUAUGUCACUUUUCAGAUGUUUUUUUGUCAAAAAUGAAAGUGGCCUCAUGUGUGUUCACUCUCAACCUUUAUAUAUGUUAUGUAUAUAUGAUGCUAGUAUCCCAUAUAUGUGCAUUGUAUUGUCAAAACAGCCCAUUGUUCUGUAGCAGAAGUAUUCUACUUUCAAAAAAUAGCUAAAAGUUUACAUUUUAACAAUUUUGUAAAACUCAUAUAUUUUGGGUCCAGAAAGGGGUCUUACUGGACCUACUCCUUUAUAUCUGGCCUGUGACAAAAGGCAAAAAUAGGGUGGUGCUUUUUGACAGCAUCAGCAAUAGUAAAUUUAUCUGUUUCAGUCAGUUUGAAAGAAACUGUUUGUGAGAUUAUAUUUUCUAUAAAUUUGCAUUAUAUUAGGACAUAUCAGUUUGACAACUAUGUGAAGGUCACGGGCCAGUGACUUUAAAAUAAUAAGCAAUUUUCAGUGUUUAGUUUUGUCCCCUUGUCUUGGUCCAGUGAAUUUGAAUAAAUAUGCAAAAUUACUGUCUAUCAGAUUGUCUUUUCUGAAUAUUCUGCCAACAGAAGAGACAAAUUUGUGUCAACAGUUUAUUUAUACUACAUUUUAUAUUCUGGAAGUAUAGGAACUCAUCAUAUUUUCUAGUUAAUAUUUUUUAUUGAUAAAAAAAAGUAAGAAAAACUUUUUUUGCUAUUGAACAUAACCAUGCAUUUAUAUAUAUAGAAAAAUAAUGGUAAACAUGUAUUUAUCAUUUUAUAGUGCUACUAAUUAUAGCAUAGUUGUCAAUUAAAACAAAGGUCUUCCAUAACACUAUUUUGUGAUGUUAUAAAAUCAGUUUCAAGGAAAGUGAAUUAUAUUCAAAUUAUAAUGUAAUUGUAUGUAAAGGUGUACAUGUAUAAUGGUCAUAGUAUGUUCACUUUAGUUUAGAUAAGACUUACAACUAGGAAUGUGGAGUUAUAAAUGUUUGUAAAUUUGUAUGGGGUUAUAGAUCUUUAUUAUGUAUAUAUUGCAGUGCUUACCAUAUUUUAUACUUUCAGAGAGGAAAAACUCUUGAAAAUUUGAUUUUUUUAAACUAAAAAUAACAUUGAUUUUUUACUCUUCUGAAAAGUGGAUGGCAUUGUCACACAUAUUAUAAUAUUUUUACUUCUUUGGCAUGUAAAACUGUGACUAAAAUUAACAAAAUAUUAAACAUUAUUAAAAGUAAUUGAGAGAAUUUGUUUAGAUAAUUAGUUUGUUUACAAGCACAUAAUCAAAUUAGAUAAUCAU